AUGAAAGAGUACAAUUUAAAACGACAUUAUAAUACCAAACAUGCAGCAAAAUAUGAUAUGAUACAAGGACAACUUCGAAUUGACAAACUUGCAUUGUUAAUGAAAAAUAUACAAGGUCAGUCUUCAAGUAUAAAAAAAUAUCAUAAAGACUCAGAAGCUAGUGUCAAAACUAGUUAUAUCAUAGCACGAAAAAUUGGAGCUAAAUCGAAGCCAUUUACUGAUGGUGAAUUUAUAAAAGAGUGUAUGGAGACCGCCUCUAAAAUUUUUUGUCCAACACAAAAACAACUUUUUUCCAAAUUGAGUUUAUCAGGGGUAACUGUAGCAAGGCGUGUAGAAGAACUAGGAACUGAUAUUAAGAGUACUCUAAAAGAACGUAUUUCUAAAUUUAUUUUUUAUUCGCUAGCCCUUGACGAAAGUACAGAUUUGUCAGAUACUGCGCAAUUAGCAAUUUUUAUUCGGGAUAUCGAUUCUAAUUUUAAUAUUACUGAAGAAUUAGCUGCGCUUUUUCCAAUAAAAGGCACUAAAAAAAGUUGUGAUAUUUUUAAUGCAUUAAAUUCGACACAAAACCGUUUUGACAUCAAAUUAAAUAACCUUUCUGGAGUUAUAACAGCCCAAUCAACGGUUGGAAAAAAUGAAGGGCUCGUAGCGCUAAUUAAAAAAGAAAUGAGUACAUGUAGUGCUUUACAACUGAUGCAAUAUCACUGCAUUAUCCACCAAGAAAAUUUAUGUGCAAAAUCCGUUGGUUUUCAAACUAUUAAGAAAGAUGUUGUAAAAAUAAUAAAAUUUUAUCAGAUCAAGAGCAUUGAAUCAUAG